GUCUGCAGGGGCCAGGGAGAGCAGGAGAGCAAAUAGAGGGCAAUACCUUGGUUUUGUGCUUGAGAAAAAGCGAAAACCUGUGUUGAUGCUUCUUACCACCGUCCCAGACUCUUCAGCAAGGAUUGGAAUGGUCAUGGGCCACCACUGCUGAGACAGGAAGGAAUUUGAGAGAAGAAUCCAGAUUCCCAAGCAGCAAUCAAGGCUGGCAUCCAUCCAAGUUUCUCCUUUGAGAUUCAGCAGAAGACCCUGAUGGAGGAGGACAAUACUCAGAGGGAGGAGCCCAAGCAAGAGGUGCAUGUCGAUUCCAGCAAGACCAUGGCAGAGCUUAGCCACGUGCAAAAGCAGCUCGAUCUACAGAAUGGGAGCCUAGAGGCGGGUUUUGGGGCCAAUUCCCCGGACGAGGACGACGACGACGACGACCGUUCCCAGACCAUGAUGGAGAGCCUGAGCCCCAAGAAAUACUCCUCCAGUCUGAGAUUCAAAGCCAACGGAGACUACUCCGGCUCGUACCUGACGCUGUCGCAGCCGCUGCCGGCGCGGAGGAGCCCGUCCCCGCUGGGGAGCGGCGCCCGGAGCAGCCCCUCGCUGGCCCGCGGCCCCGGGGGCAGGCCGCUGCCGGGGGCGGGGGCGGGGGCGGGGGCGGGGAGGCCGCCCGCCCCGCCGCUGGGCGCCUGCGCCCCCGGGAGGCCGGACCCCGAGCGGCCCCUGCGGCUGGCCGACAGGCCCCUCUAUUGCAAGUACAGCCCCCGGAACAAGUCCCACGACAACGUGUGCCUGCUGGGCGCGCUGGAGGCCCGGAGGGCGUCGGGCUCGCCGCUGGCCCCGUGGAGCGCAGGCGGCCCCGCGGGCCCCGGGUCGGGGGCGGCCAGCAUGCCGUCCAGCCCCAAGCAGGCGCGGAGGAUGGGCCUGCAGGACGCCGCGGGCCUGCAGCCCCUGCAGCCCCUGCAGCCCCGGCCCGGCCGGCCCCGGGAGCCCCCGCCCGAGGGCGCGGCGCCCAGAGCCCGGAGGCCGGCGGGGGGCGGCCUGGGCCACAUGGGGGCGCACAGCCGCUCGCUGCCCCGGCUGCACAGGGCGGCCGACGGCCCGCCGCCGCCGCUCAGCCUGCCCCCCAGAGGCGCGCUGGGCGGCCCCAGACGGACGAGGCUGGGGGACCGGGAGCUGCCCCCGCGCUGCACGGAGCACGACAGCUACCUGAACUUCUCCUCCUGGAGCGCGGGGCCGGCGCCCUACAGGCCGUCGGCGGCCGAGGGCGCCCCGUACGCGAGCUCCACGCUCAGCAUCCCCGCCAGCCCCCGGGUGGCCCGCAAGAUGCUGCUGGCCUCGGCCGCCCCCUGCGCCCCCUGCGCCCCCGACCGCCCCGACGGCGCCCCGCCCGCCCGCAGGAACCUCUCCUGGGGCUCCGCCGAGCUGGACGAGGCAGACCCCGACCCCGACCCCGACCCGACCGACCCCGACGGCCUCCGACAGGCCGCGGGGACGCCGCAGCCCGCCCUCCGCGAGAGGAAGAGCAGCAUCAGCUCCAUCUCGGGCCGCGAGGACCUCAUGGAUUAUCACCGGCGGCAGAGGGAGGAGAGACUCAGGGAGCAGGAGAUGGAGCGACUGGAGAGACAGCGUCUGGAGACCAUCCUCAGUCUAUGUGCUGAAUACACGAAGCCCGACAGUCGCUUGUCCACUGGCACCUCCGUGGCAGAUGUGCAGAAGAUCAAUAAGGAGCUUGAGAAGCUGCAGCUGUCGGACGAGGAGUCUGUGUUUGAAGAAGCCGUGGUGAGCCCUGACACCAGGUACAGGUGCCACCAGAAGGCUUCUCUCCAUGACGCCGACUUGCCAGUCUUUGGGAGCAUCGGUCAGAGCAGUGCCAGCCUCCUCUCCCCCAGGAGCAUCAGGAAUGAUGACCUGCUCAGGGACUUCACGUCGGCCUUUCUGAAAACUUCCAGCGAGUCUGCUUAUCUUAGUAUCCUACCAAAGACCCCAGAGGGUAUAAAUGAAGAACAAAGGAUUCAGGAGUUGGCAGCAAUGGAGGAGACCCGGAUAACAAUUCUAAAUAACCUCGAAGAACUUGAACAAAAAAUCAAAGACAUAAAUGACCAGAUGGAUGAGUCUUCCAGAGAGUUGGAUAUGGAAUGUGCUCUUUUGGACGGAGAACAAAAAUCUGAAACAACUGAACUUAUGAAAGAGAAGGAAAUUUUGGAUCAUCUAAACCGGAAAAUAGCAGAACUGGAAAAGAACAUUGUUGGUGAAAAGACCAAGGAGAAGGUAAAGCUUGAUGCUGAAAGGGAAAAACUAGAGAGGCUUCAGGAGCUUUACUCCGAGCAGAAGACCCAGCUGGACAAUUGUCCUGAGUCCAUGAGGGAACAAUUACAACAACAACUGAAGAGGGACGCUGACCUGUUGGACGUGGAGAGCAAACACUUUGAAGACCUAGAAUUCCAGCAGCUUGAACGUGAGAGCCGUUUGGAUGAGGAGAAGGAGAACCUGACCCAACAGCUCCUGCGUGAAGUAGCUGAAUAUCAACGGAAUAUUGUGACUCGAAAGGAAAAAAUUUCUGCACUGAAAAAGCAAGCCAAUCAUAUUGUCCAGCAAGCUCAGAGAGAACAAGAUCAUUUUGUGAAAGAAAAGAAUAAUUUAAUAAUGAUGUUACAAAGAGAAAAGGAAAAUCUUUGUAAUUUGGAAAAGAAAUACUCCAGCCUUUCUGGGGGGAAGGGGUUUCCUGUCAACCCCAGUACUCUAAAAGAGGGCUAUAUCAGUGUAAAUGAAUUUAAUGAGCCAUGUGUCAAUUCCACGAAUCUAUCCCCUUCCACUCAGUUCCCUGCUGACGCUGACGCUGUUGCCACUGGGCCUACCACAGCUGUGCUGGUGAGCCAGCCACAAAAUAAAGAGCAUUUUAGAAGUCUGGAAGAAAGGAAAAAACAGCAUAAAGAAGGCCUCUAUCUGAGUGACACUUUGCCUCGAAAGAAAACCACACCUUCCAUAUCCCCACAUUUCAGCAGUGCUACUAUGGGGAGAAGCACCACCCCAAAGGCUCACCUGCCCCUGGGACAGAGCAACAGCUGCGGGAGUGUACUCCCUCACUCGCUGGCAACCAUGACCAAAGACUCAGACUCUCGGAGGAUGCUCAGAGGGUAUAAUCACCAACAGAUGAGUGAAGGACAAAGGCAGAAAUCUGAAUUUUACAACCGCACGGCAUCUGAAUCAAACGUCUACUUGAACAGUUUCCACUACCCUGAUCACAGCUACAAGGACCAGGCCUUUGAUACUUUGAGCCUAGACAGCUCCGAUAGCAUGGAGACCAGCAUCUCAGCCUGCUCCCCUGACAACAUCUCUAGUGCCAGCACUUCAAAUAUUGCCAGAAUAGAAGAAAUGGAGAGACUUUUGAAGCAGGCUCAUGCAGAGAAGACCCGGCUGCUUGAAUCCAGGGAACGGGAAAUGGAAGCCAAGAAACGAGCCCUGGAAGAAGAAAAACGACGCCGAGAACUCCUGGAAAAACGAUUGCAGGAAGAAACUAGCCAGAGGCAGAAGUUAAUUGAGAAGGAAGUAAAAAUAAGGGAGAAACAGAGGGCACAGGCUCGACCUCUGACACGCUAUCUGCCCGUCCGGAAGGAAGACUUUGAUUUGCGAAGCCACGUAGAGACUGCUGGCCACAAUAUUGAUACCUGUUAUCAUGUGUCAAUCACAGAGAAGACUUGCCGAGGAUUCCUUAUCAAAAUGGGUGGAAAAAUUAAAACGUGGAAAAAACGAUGGUUUGUUUUUGAUCGGAACAAGCGCACAUUCUCUUAUUAUGCAGACAAGCAUGAAGCUAAAUUAAAAGGAGUAAUAUACUUCCAAGCUAUUGAAGAAGUAUAUUAUGAUCACCUCAAGAACGCUAAUAAGAGUCCUAAUCCAUUACUCACCUUUAGUGUCAAGACCCAUGACAGAAUUUAUUAUAUGGUUGCGCCAUCGCCGGAAGCCAUGCGGAUCUGGAUGGAUGUUAUAGUUACCGGGGCAGAAGGUUACACCCACUUCUUACUGUAGCGAACUGGUGCAACAGUCUACUUCAGGGCAACUGCAAUAACCUCUUACAAGAAUGAAGCCAUAUUCAAUCCCAGAUGAAAAGACCCAACAGACCCAUCCCUUUAACCGUGUAUACUCGGAACUCCUUUUAUAUUAACAGGAAGUCACUUAUAAAAGAGAAAAAGGGGGUUUUAACUCAAAGCUUCAUGAUAAAUAGCAAAAGGACCGAAGCACCUAUGAGGAAAAAAAAAAUACUAUUUUGGUAAAUAGCAUCACUUAUAGGAACAUUUCUUUCAAACUAUUUUUUAUCAAUUGUUUACUUUGGUGAAAUAAACUGAAUGGUUUACAAAAUGUAUGUACUUGGAAAUACGAAAUUAUUUUAGCACCCCAGGUAUUGGCAUUGACAUCAUUAGUUAUCAACUGGUUUCCUAAAAAUCAUUUUUCUGAAGGUUAUUUUAUAAAUAGAAGCAAAUAAGAGUUUGGAGGGGGAAUAUAUUUUAGGAGAAGUUUUGCCCCAAUUAUUAAGUACUGCACCUAAACCAAAGACUUGAUAUGACUUCUGUUUAAUAGUGGUAGUUUCAGGUGAUGAACCGCAUUUAGUGUUACUCUACAUUUUAAAAUGGUACUUUGAUGCCAUCAGAUGUCCAGGAAGUUGACUCUGAAGUUACCUCUGGUAUAAGCUACUGUACAUAUAUAGCAAAUCACUUUUUGUAAAAGAAGAAAAGACAAAGUUGUGUGUGUUAAACAGGAGCAGUCUUAUUAGACAGACAUUCUGUCACUUUGAGCAAUUUAAAAUAAAAUACUUCAUGUUUUGCUAAAGAUCUCUCUAUUCCCAGUGCUGAGAAUAAAAGUACCCAGGAGCUGAUUUCCUUUAGGUUGUCCGUUUCCUCUUUGCUCUGGAACACACCCAUUAAUUGCAGCCUCACGUAACGUAACGAUGAAAUCAGAGCUCUGUUUUCACCAAAGAACAGACCAAUUAAAAUCCUUAUUUACGGAGGUAGCAUAGUUCUAUAAAAAAGAAAAUGAACUUUGACUAAUGUUCUCUGUAAUAUACUAUUUUAUUAUGUAUUUCUUUACAAUUGGGCUUUGUUUUUGAGUUAAAUCAAUUUUUGUUGAAUGAAAUGACUUCAGGCAAGUCUCUUUUAUAACAGUUUUUCAGUGCCAUUUAUCCUGGUUUGUCAUGUUGUGUGUAUUUGCAAAUAUGAACGUACUCUUUCCGAAAAGUUGGCAAAUGAAUAGAAGUAGAAAAUAAUGGCUUUGCUUACUAGUACGAGAUGAAAUGAUGAGAUUGGCAGCGUCCAUAAAAUCUUUGUCAGACCUGACGGGGUACAGUUUUUAAAAAUUUGCAGUGUGAGCUGUAUACAUGUUGCCAAUAAAUAGAUUUUCCAACUGGAUGACACAUGAUUUUACUUGAACAGUGGAGGACGAAGUCAUGAUUGCAAGAGACGUUUUGAUAAUAUGUUUUUUCAGAGAUCACCCCUAAACCCUGUAAUGAUCUAAAAGAGUGAAAUGCAAUUGCUAAAAUUUUGUUGGUUAAUAUAAAGAUACGGCUUUUCUGUAAUGUACUUUCUUCAUAGGAUUAUAAAGAUAUUCUAAUCGGCAUUAUAUCUUGCAUGAUGUAGUAAACCUUUUAAAAAUGUGUGUUAAAAUAUGUUGCGUACGGAUUAAAAUGUUGACCAGAUUUCACAUUUGAAAAUAAACUCAUCUCUCUCUAGGAGUAUA